UUUAUUAGUAAUAUCGGAUCCACUUGAAUUAGUCGAGUAGUCGGGCGUUAGAUUAGAACAGCGAAUCGCGAAGAAAACGCGUAUUUCAUGUUGAACAUUUAACCAAGUGCGAUGUGGGAUCCGGUCUGCGAUAAUUUCAUUACAUUUCCGUGGUGGUAGAUUGGCAUUGUAGUAGUUGGGAAAUUCGAAGAAAAUGAUCGACACCGUCAAACCUAAUUCCAACGAACGUUCCAAGUCUUCUAAGACGCAUCAUAACAGAAGCAAAAAGCACGGUAAGCUCCUCAAUUCUGUUCGGCGGCGUUUACCGAUUCUCACUUGGCUGCCAGAUUAUGACCGCCAAAAAGCUGUGGGAGACGCUAUUGCCGGUAUUACAGUGGGACUCACAAUGGUGCCGCAGAGUAUCGCCUACGCCUCCCUUGCAAACUUAUCGCCUCAGGUGGGAUUGUAUUCUGCUCUCAUGGGUGGACUUUUUUAUGUAUUUCUUGGCAGCGUCAAUCAAGUUUCCAUAGGGCCCACUUCUCUAAUGGCAUUGCUCACGUACGAGUUCACUAAAGAUCUGCCACAUGAAUAUAUUCCGCUGCUAACUUUUAUGUGUGGCUUAGUCGAAAUGAUGAUGGGUCUAUUGAAACUAGGAUUUUUGGUCGACCUGAUAUCAGCACCGGUGAUUUCUGGUUUCACCACGGCCACUUCGUUGAUCAUUGUGCUGUCACAGUUAAAAGGAAUACUGGGCGUAAGGUUCAAAGGCGACACCGUCGUUGACAUUGUCGAGAAGCUAAUCAAACAUUUCAAUGAGCGCAGGAACGGCGACAUAUACCUGGGGCUGACUGCCAUCGCUUUUCUCCUGACCAUGAGACAAUUGUAUGUGAUCAUACCGGCCAAAGGCAAGCUAAAACGAGCGUUGUGGUACUUGUCCAUCAGUCGGAAUACGUUGGUAGUGUUGAUCGCCAUGUUCAUCACUUACAUGUACGAAAGCAGUGGAUCCCCAGUGCCGUAUUUGACUACAAGUACGGUAGAAGCGGGACUUCCGACAUUACAACUUCCGCCGUUCGGGUACACGUCCGGAAACACUACGGUCACGCUAUCCGAGAUGUUAUACGAAAUCCGGUCGGCCAUGUUUAUCAUACCGCUGGUUUCUAUUCUAGCCAACGUAUCCAUCGCCAAAGCUUAUGCCAACGGAGGAACUAUUGACGCUACUCAAGAGAUGUUGGCUUUGGCCAUGUGCAACAUAGUCGGUUCGUUCAUCAGAUCGAUGCCCACUUGCGGUGCGUUCACUCGCAGCGCCGUCAGCCAAGCUAGUGGGGUGCAAACGACUAUGUCGAACAUCUAUUGCACUAUAUUGAUGUUUAUGGCAAUACUGUUCCUCACUCCGCAUUUCCAUUUGAUCCCAAAAGCUAUACUGUCGGCGGUCCUCAUUGCCGCCGUCUGUUCUUUGGUGGACUACCAUAUUGUGAAGCCCCUCUGGAAAACUAGCCGUAUCGAAUUAUUCGUGGCGAUCAUUACGCUGAUGACGAGUCUUUGCUUCACCGUGGAAAUAGGUUUGCUGGUCGGGGUGUGCAUCAACAUAAUACACUUGGCUAUGUUGUGGUCCAGGCCUAAACUGAAAAUCGAAUUGUCCAAGAUUUCGACGGUAGACAUUGUGAUGGUCACUCCCAACAGCGGUUUGUACUUCCCGUCGACCGAUUACAUGUACAAGGAAGUGAUGCGAAUUGCCAAUCAGGAACCGUAUCUGAACAAACCGUUGGUGUUGAAUUGCAUACACUUCAAGGGCUUGGACUACACGGCCGCCAAAGGGAUGGGUCUGAUAUCGUCGGAGAUCCAAGCUAAAAAUCAAAUAUUCAUCAUGCUCAACGCCUCGGAGAAGAUCAAAUACGUCAUCAGAAAAGCCGGUUGCAAAACUCUGGUCUAUUGCGAUUCCAUUGACUCCAUCCCGUCGAUUAUAAACGGCGAACAAUUUGUGGAAAAAGUGGCGUUGCUUAACCCGAACGAGAGCGAUGACGGCGACGUUAAAAUCAACAUGGCCGAGCUGGCCCCUUUACUGCAAGUCCAGUCGGUUCAGAUCUCAAACGGCAACAACGGCACGGUCAAAGUCAAACCGGCCGUAUCCAGCGAAUAAACCAAGUUCGAGGUUUUCAAAAGAAUUUAACGUUUAUAUGUUUUUUUUUUCCGUUGUACAAAAUAUGCGUAUUGUAAAUAAAUGUGUAAAACUGUUUUAAUGGCAAGACCGAGCUUUUAAGAGAAUAUAUAUUUUUCGAGUUUUAAACGAAUACGAAAAUAAUGGCUUUAGAAAUGUAUGUACACGGGGGGCCGAGGCAUAGUGAAAACGGUUUUUUCUAUCUUAAGUCAUC